AUGACAAGGCCAAUGCUCCCCAGCUCACCGCGGCGCACCAGUUUGUGGGGCUGGGCAGCUGCAACCGUGUGUGCCAUCCUGGCCAUCUCGGUGAUCAUCACAGGCAUCGUCGUCUUUGCGAUCUACAUGAUCUACAAGCCUAAGAUGCCCUACAUCAAGGUGGCCGAUGCGCACCUCAACGCUCUGGGCUACGACCAGUCCGGGCUGCUCAACAUCGAGAUGGCCCUCACCAUCCUGGCAGAGAACGACAACUUCAAGGCCCAUGCGAGCUUCUCCGAUGCCAGCUUCAACCUCAGGUUCCAUGGGAUAAAGAUUGCGGUGCUGCAGGCUGCCCCAUUCGACGUGCCCAAGAACAGCUCGUUCCCGAUCUACUACCUUGUGUCAUCCUCAUCAAUCCCUCUGGACCAAGGGGGGAUGGAGGCGAUGGACAUGGCCUUGAAGCAGGGCAUCGUGCCAUUCCGCUUCGAUGGGCAGAUGCGGACCCGUUGGAAGGUGGGAAUUUUUGUGUCGGUGAGGUUCUGGACCCAUCUCACGUGCGAGCUCCGAUUCUUCUGGCCGAGCGGAACCGCCAUGAACCCGUUGAGUUGCACCUCUAAAUCCCACUGA